AUGGCUUUUUUGAAGCCUUAUCUUAAACCAAGGAGCUCCAGGGACUCACAUGGAGACACGUCUGCAGACGACAAUGUCCAGGAGGGUGCAGAUGAGGAAGCAUCACAGCCACAAUCUCCAAACCCACAUGACACAGAAGAACGGCUCAUAAGAACCCCCCCAUCCCCACCUCACUCCAGCACAAGAACCCCCCCAUCCCCAUCACGCUCUAGCACACCGAUUGCAGACACACCUCAUUCCUCACAAGUCACCACCCAAUCAACUCCACACAACCCAAAGCCCAACGUUCAAAAUCAAGGAGAAGAUUAA